CCCACUCCUGCUCCCUCCUUCCCUGGCUCUCCAUGUCACCAUCUGUGGCACAAUCCUUCUCUGUCACUCUCUCUGCCACCCCCUCCUUCCCCUUCCUCCUUCCCCGCUCUCUAUCCCUGCCUCUCUCCGCAUCUCUCCCUCUCUUCCCUUCUCUCGCUUUCUUUCCUCCUCCUUUUAUUCUCCCUGUCACGCAUUUCUCAUCACUCCCCCUCAUUCUGGCUUUCCACCCACUCACUGUCCUCUCUCUCUCUCCCUCUCUCUCCACCUCCGACCGACCCCCCUUCCCUCUAUCUCUAUUGGCUCCUAUCAUCCCCUGCUCCCCAUUUCUCUUCUUUCCUUGGGAGGCUUCGCCCUCCAUCCCCACCCCAGGCUCCUGCUUGCAGACCCCAUCUGCGUCCCUGCCCUCCAGGACAUGUCCUGGAGAUGAGGGGGGACGCACCACGCACCAGCGGGAAGUCAGGGCUGGAGACCAGAUGGAAGAGGCUCUGUGGGCAGAUGUGGCCACUGCGGGCCUAGGAGGGGGCCCGGGCUGCAAGCAGUCUAGAAGGGGGCACUGUGCGGGGACCCCGGCUAAGGGGUGCUCUGGGGGCAGCUGGGGACUCUGCAAGAAGGGACAACAGAAUGAUAACCAGCUUGACAGCAAGGAGGGGGUCCCUCACCCCACGGACAGCUCUCGGAUCUGGGAAUCACUGCAGGGCCGUGUCGGAGCUGGAAGCGGCCAGAUGCAUCGUGCUGCGUGGCCUCCUCCGCUCACGUGCCAGCUCCUGAGCCCCCUGUCUGUGCUGGGCGCCGUGCUCUGCACGCUCCCGUGUAAUCGCAGCCACCCCGGGAGGCCGAUAGCGGACUGCUGACCGCCCUCCCUCAGCCAUGGACCCCCUUGGCUAUCCUUCCCCGGUGCCCGCCACCUCGGAGCCUGAGAACGCCUCGGCCUGGCUCCUGGACGCCACCCUGGGAAACGUGUCCAUGGCCCCGAGCGCGGCCGGCCUGGCCGUCAGGGGCGUCCUCAUCCCCCUGGUCUACCUGGUGGUGUGCGUGGUGGGCCUGCUGGGCAACUCCCUGGUGAUCUACGUGGUCCUGCGGCACACGGCCAGCCCGUCGGUCACCAACGUCUACAUCCUCAACCUGGCGCUGGCCGACGAGCUCUUCAUGCUGGGGCUGCCCUUCCUGGCCGCCCAGAACGCCCUGUCCUACUGGCCCUUCGGCUCCCUCAUGUGCCGCCUGGUCAUGGCCGUGGACGGCAUCAACCAGUUCACCAGCAUCUUCUGCCUCACGGUCAUGAGCGUGGACCGCUACCUGGCGGUGGUGCACCCGACCUUCGUCCUCUGCUGGAUGCCCUUCUACGUGCUCAAUAUCGUCAACGUGGUGUGCCCGCUGCCCGAGGAGCCCGCCUUCUUCGGCCUCUACUUCCUGGUGGUGGCGCUGCCCUAUGCCAACAGCUGCGCUAACCCCAUCCUCUAUGGCUUCCUCUCCUACCGCUUCAAGCAGGGCUUCCGCCGGGUCCUGCUCCGGCCUUCCCGCCGGGUGCGAAGCCAGGAGCCCCCAGCCGGACCUCCGGAGAAGACAGAGGAGGAGGACGAGGAGGAGGAGGACGAGGAUGCAGAGGAGGGUGGGGAGAAGGGGGCCGGGAAGCAGGGGGACGCGAAGGAGAUGAAUGGCCGGGUCAGCCAGAUCACACAGCCUGGCACCAGCAGGCAGGCACGGCCUCCCAGCUGUGUGCCCGGCAAGGAGCAGCAGUUCCUGCCCCAAGAGCCUUCCGGGGGGGAGAGGCCGGGUGCCCUGCACAUCAGCUGUCUGUAGGGCCGGUGGAGGGCCAGAGUGGCCCAAGCACAGAGCACAGGCCGUGGGUGUGCCCCGGGCCUGCCACCCAAGGUGCCAGGGGCCCGUGAUGGGCUGUUCAGAUCCCACUGCUGCUGAGACUCGCUGUGUGACCUCCGACAGGUCACUUGCCCUCUCUGGGUCUCGUGUUCUCCUCUGUGACUCAGGGAUGGGAGUCAUCGGUCUAGAUAAGCGCUGCCGGAUGAGAAGGCUGGAGGGACAUGACCGCUGGGCCGACCCUCCUGAGGGGGGCCCAGGUUAAGGGGAGAGGUGCACACUGGCCGUCCCCUUCAGAAACAGAGCAUCCAGGUGGGUUGGCCUGAGUCUGGGUCCUCGGCGGAUAAACCAAGGCCUGGGUUUCCUGGGCUCAGAGUCAGGUUCAUAGGAGAGGGGCUGGGGCCCAGGUUCACAGGGAGCUGGACCAGCACCCCCCCAAGCCCCCAGUAGAAGAAAAUCUUGCCCCGUCGGGGGCGGGUGUGAGGCUGCUCAGGCCCGCACCAGCUCUCCCCUAUUGCCGGAAGGCCUUGAGGCAGCUCUUCUCUCUGGGCUGCAGGCCUCACCUGCUGAGCAACCCAGUAACCUCCAGGCCCUCUUGCCAGACGGUCGGGCCAGGACUCCUGUGAUCCUGCACUUGAGAAGAAGCAGAUUUUCCAAGAAGCUCGUUAAGUCCAGCUGCAGGGUCCCUGGCUGCUUCGGCCCUCUGAGUCCCUGAGCCUAAUUUUGUACCUGGAAUUUUGUAUUGCUUUUCUUAAAGAGGGACCCCACAUGCGUAAGCUUAGGCCACCGAAGCCUAGCUCAGGUCCUGCUGAGGGCAGCCCACGAAUCCCCAAAGCAGCUCACUUUGUGUUCGGAGCCUGGAGCGGGGAGGGGGGUGUCUCUGGGUCUGUGAGAGCUCACAGGAGAAGCGUCCUGUGCUUCCCCUCUCGCUGACCAAGGCAGGGACCCGACCAGGAGACCAGCACGGAAGGGCAGAGGGUAAGACAGUGAGUGCUGAGAGGAGGAGGAAGAAGAGGAGUUGGGGAGGGCAGGAGGGAGGAGGAGGAGGGAAGGAGGACGCGGGUGGAGGAUAGAUCUGUUCCAUGAACUUGGAGCUAUCCUUGGCCCCUCUGGACUGAGCCCAGUUGCUGCAUCAGUGAAACUGAGUUGCCUGGCCCAACAGUCCCCAGAAAACGAUGCCAUCAGGUGGGAGAGCAAAUGCUCUGAAAGGCACAGGGCCAGCCCCUUGAGGCCGAUCAGUGCUGGGAAGAGGGGCUGGGCCUGGCCUGUGCUGAGAAGCAGGGCCUGGUAGACCGGAGCCGGCCUCUCGCCCUCUGAAUUCCCCGGGCUGCAGGCUGGAAAGGCCCAGGGUAGACAAGACAAGACAAAAACGUGGGACCACAGGGCCCUCUCUGGUUUGGCUCAGUGGAUAGAGUGUCGGCUCGUGGGUGGAAGGGUCCUGGGUUCGAUUCCAGCCAAGGGCA